UUUGAAGCAUUUUGCCUGGAUUUGAAUUGGUAUUAUUACGCACUACCACUUGUUGUGUUCGGAGUACAGCGUUUAUUUACAUCAUUGAUAGCUAAAGGAAGUGAAUGUGAUGGUGUGAGAUGUUCUGUGAAAUUCAAGUUUUAUCAACAAAUGUGUAAUAUGACAUUGAAAUGGCUGCCAAGUAUGGCAAAGAUGCAUCUAAAGAAAUAUGUUCGGUGCCAACGACAAGCAUCCAUAAUAAAAUACUCGAAGACGGAAAUACCAUAAAAACGGAAGACUGUUUCAAGACGUCUAAUGGAAACUUGAAAGAUUUAAAAUCGAAUGAAAUAAAUUGCAGUAAAAAUGGCAAUGCAAAGAGCGCAAGCGCAACAAACUUGACCAUAUCGACCCCCCGCGUACCUCAAAACCAACGCGGCGUGGGGGCCAUUGAAGCACUAAGUAAAGAUCCCCUCGUAAAAACCGAUUUGAUAGGCUCAGAUCGUUCGAGGAAGGAUGUCAUCACAGAGAAUGGUGUUAGAAGUUCCUCAAACACUCAUCUAGUACUCGACUCAAAGAGUGUUGUCGCUGCCUCUAAGUUUCCUACGCCCAUAAACCCCAGUCAAUUGCCAAUAACAUCUGAGAUAUUGUGUGUCACAACAAAUACUAGCAGCAGUGGUUAUAACACUACUUCGACGUGUCAAGUUGCUACCUAUUCUGAUGCAAGUAAAUUAUACAACAAUUCUGUUCCAAAAGUAUCUCUAGUUUCCAAUGGACAUCCAACAUCAGCUUUGCAACCUGUAAAUGGACAAACUUAUUAUUCAGGUCAUGUAAAAUAUGAGCCUCCUCCAAUAUACUCCAGAGGAAUAUUAUGUGAUUCUCCACACUGUUCUAAUAGCAUUUCAAGCCAUAAUUAUCUUAGCAACAAAUUACAUGGUGAUUCUACCAUAAAUAAACAAAUUGAAAAUGACGAGGUGAUCAUAAAACCUCACUCAUUGGCGAACUUAAAGCUGCAUACCUAUGAAAAUGUUGCUCAAUGCCAUAAUCAUAAUGGAGUAAGCUGCAAUGAUGCUAUAAUGAUAAUUGAAAAUAAAUAUGCAAGCACAAGAUCAAGUGUCAGCUCCUUUGAUUCUAAGUUUUCUAGCCCAAGAAGUAGUCUUGUGAAUAGUCAUAAUAUUUCAAGUUUGGAAAGAAAAGAUUCCAAUAAGCAAAUCUGUGAUCAAUCAUCAUUAGGCAGCUUUAGUCCAAAUAAUGUGCCUGUCUAUAAAAGCAGUUCCCAUUCUUUGAAUUCUUCACCCUUAAACCUGAGCCAUCAGUUGCCUCCCCGUAUUGAACAAGAUCUUGAAGGGCGACAGUUUCUAAUACCAAGAAAUAAUGCUUAUGUUGAAGAAAAUGCAAGACAAAGUGGCCACUGGAGCUACCCUGUAGGAACAAGGGGAUACUACAGUAAUCAAUACCAACAAAGCUUCUGCCAAACUCCUACAUGUUGCUUAUCCCACCCGUGCUGCACGCCGGUGUCCACUCCCAUUGCUACACCGAGCCCCACAUCUUUCAAUCCACCACCACCAUAUCCUGGGAAGCCUACAAGCAGAAGUUCAUUAUCCAAUAGUGUGGAUCUGAAUGAUUCAGUGCUAUCUCUUGGAAGUUUGCGCAGUGCCUCUGGUGUUCUUGCAUCAGUCAAUGCUAAUCACAACUAUGCAAAUAUAGAUGUUUUGAAAGGCAAUUAUAAUGCAGACCAACAAUUGAAAUUGCAAUAUCAAUAUAAACACAAUUUUUCUGGCACUGAUAAAUCCUUGACAACCACAUUACCAGCUCCUCCCCCCUAUCCUUCAUCUGCUCUACAACAAAAUAAAUCUCAUCUUUUGAUCAAGCAGCCUCUACAACCCUUGCAAACACAGUUAUGUGGUUCAUCAUGUCGUUUAAACUGUCCUUAUAGUAAUAAUCCUCCUGUUUCUGCUGGGCCUGCUGGCAGCAUUUCUUUUUUGAGUGGCACCUCAACUGCCACCUUCAGCUCACAGAAAAGUGUCCCGCCUCCUCCUCCUCCACCUUACUCCUCUAAUGUAGUGAGAUCACAAUUAUUGAGGCCAAGCAAUCAUUCUGGACCUUCACUUCCCCCAUACCCGUCCAGUGCCGUGAGAGGCCUUGCCACUGCCUGUAAUACAAGACCCAUACACCAUCAUUUUGUGAACCCCAGUGAGCCACCAGCUAUCCCUUAUUCUUCACAAGUUGCUCGGCAAUUGAUAUCUAAAAAAUCGGCCAUGAGCAAUCCAGACAGCAGCAGUGAUAGUAAUCCCAAAUGCAAUAAUCCAGACUCUCUGACUGGACAAAUGAACAACAUGAGCUUGUCCAAUGAUCCUGCUCAAGCAACUGCAUCCGACCGUCUGAGCAAGUGGCAAAGUAAACUCAACCCAUCAUUCAAAGAUGGUGAGGACGGCAGUGUCACAGCCUUAUCUGCAGCUGGAGGUUCAACAAGUAGUGGAGGGGAGGCAAGUGAUACAGCUUCUGAAAAAUCUGCAGUUGGAUCUGACAAGUCAAGAGCAAAGAAGAGUGGAAAGUCUCUUCUGCCCUACAAUGUCACUGCUAAAACUAUGGGGAUGAGCGAAGCAGAGCGGAAGCUUGAAGCUCUCACACAACAAAUAGAAGCAGAGAUGGAGAAGCGCGAGCAGGAGGGUGAUUAUUACGGCGUAUGUCACACAUGUGGGGAGAAGGUGCGUGGUGCUGGACAAGCAUGUCAAGCCAUGGGUAACCUCUACCACACGUCGUGCUUCAUCUGUUGCUCGUGUGGCCGGGCGCUGCGGGGCAAGGCUUUCUACAACGUCCACGGCAAAGUCUACUGCGAGGAGGAUUACCUCUACUCUGGUUUCCAGCAGACUGCUGAGAAAUGUGCCAUUUGUGGACACCUUAUUAUGGAAAUGAUCCUGCAAGCCAUGGGCAAGUCAUAUCAUCCUGGCUGCUUCCGUUGCUGCAUCUGCAACGAGUGUCUGGACGGCGUACCCUUCACCGUCGACGUCGACAACAAAAUUUAUUGUGUCCACGACUAUCAUAGGAUGUUUGCCCCGAAGUGCGCUGCGUGCGGCAAGAGCAUCACGCCCGUGGAAGGCACCGGCGAGACCGUCAGGGUCGUCAGUAUGGACAAAGACUUUCACGUCGACUGCUACGUCUGUGAGCACUGCGGGGUGCAGUUGACGGACGAGCCUGAGCAGCGCUGCUACCCUCUGGAGGGGCGCCUGCUGUGCCGCACCUGCCACGUCCACCGCCUGCAGAGCAUGGGACGUGGCGGCGCCCACCACACCUUGCAGGAUGUGGGCGCCACGUACAUCGAGUAGUGCAGUCUAGUGAACAAAAGCCGCCCUUUAGUUUGACCGCUGACGCGUGGUAGAAGUGUAUUUCCAUCAAGUGCAGCGGCAGCUGGGCGGAAAAGAAUUCACAUCGAGAAGACAGCCAAUUUGACACAGACGAUUCCAUGAAAGCAGGUAGCAGAUUUAUUAAUAUUUACGCUGUGCUGGCGUCACAAAAGUCAAUUAAUAUUCCCAUAUACAAAUUUUGUAGUACUACAACUAUAUCAAUAUUCUCACACUUCUCAUUUCAGAAUACGAUUACGUUCUGUAUACAGGACAUUCAACUUCACUAUAUUGAAGUUUCACACACCUAUUAUCAAUGUAGACCAAUUCACUGAAGCUGGAAUAUUAUAAGUCAACCAUCAGGACAGAGAAGUGAAAAAUCAUUUAUCAAUAAGAGUCUUUGAAAGCAACGCAACUUUAUACGUUCAUUACGCAAUCUAAUCCUGAAAUUUUAAAGCUAAUGUGCCUGUUUUAGCUGAGGUCUCUAUUAUCAUUCAAAUUUUGCCGCUUUACAUUUUUACCCUCUCCGUACGAUCACUGAUGUCUAGGAUUUACUACAGAAAUGUUACACUGUCGUAAAGAGGAACAAUGUUUCAGUUUCACAUUUAUCUGCAGGCUUUCAGAGUUUUUUGUGAAAUAGCUAAAGAUGAACUAGAUGAACUGGCGACCUGUCAUAAGCCUGUGAUUCUUUCAUUGCUCUAUGUCGUUUGUAAGCUAAAGGAUUGGAGGAUAAUUUUGAAAGUUAUAAGCUGGCAUCUCUCUGUUCUUAUCUGCCAGCAAAUUAGAAACUUUUUUGAAGCAAAACUUAUUAAUUUGUUAAUCUCGAAUUUUCACUGAGGGUGUCUUCCAUAUUAGCUUGAUUAUCCUACCUGAAACGCACAGCCUUUCUAUUUAUUCACCUCGAAUUGCCUCAUGGUCUGCUUCUUGUGAUUCUCUUUAAAAUUUAGAAAAAUUUUGCGAGAAAAAUUUCUUGUGAUUUUCUUCAAAAUUGAAGAGAAUCAUCCAAUCAUUAAAUCCAAGGACUGAUAGAUCUUUUUUGUGUUGUGUACUUGCCCUAAAGUAUAACGCACAGUAUAACUAAAUCAGAACCUUCCUGCGUGCGCCCAAUGUUCUUAGUUGAGUUCAAUAAUAAUUGAACUAAUAAAAUAAUAAUAUUCGACUUUGAACAAUCCCUCUCCUUAUAUUCCAGCUACUGUUUUCAACAAAUUGUGGAAUAAAUUGAUCAUCUGUUAGAAUCGGUUUUGUUUUUUGAACCGAAAGUGACGUAGAAGAUGCUUCUGAUGUUUCUUUGUUUAGCGAUUUCUCCUCUUUGUGUUUCGUUUAUUUGGUGUCGCUUUUUUUUAUGCUUUUAAUUGAAGUUCAUCAAGAAACAUGAUUGCUUCCAUGCACUCAAAUUUUGUUGCUAUGUUUGCUGGUGGAUACUCGUCUCAGAGUUUUAACGAUGAAAAUUUAUAUUUUCUCAUUAAAUAUUAUUAUCUAUGUUUGCUCGUGUCUUGGAAUAGCUUUUACAUAUUUUACUACAAAUAAUCAAAUUUUAGUUCUGAUAAAUAAUCAUGGCAUAGUAGUUAGUGCCUUUUUUUUCUUGCAUCACUUGAGUUUUCACAUCAAUAAUUUCGAAGUUAACAUUGAAAUAUUACGAAAUUUUUAUGCAGGGUUAGUCGAUUGUUGUAGAAUGAAAAACGGCGAGUGCCGCUGUCAUCUUACAUUCAACAGUAUUUGUUCGCUGUUGAGAUUCCCAUUUGAGUUAUAAUGCAAUUACACUGUUAUAAAAAGCUAUCUUAAUGCUUUCUCUUACGUAAAAUAUUCAUUUAAUUCUCUUGGCUGUAUCGUUUCCCUGCUUCACUGUAAUGUAUUUGUGGGAGGUUUGUCCAUCACAAAACUUUGAAUUUGUCGCUUAUGUGUCCUAGCCUCAAUGACACUCAUUAUGUACCGUUCCUUAUAUUCUUUAGAUUCUCUACAGAAUAUUUAACCUCGUACCUGAUGACUCGUAUUCGUAUUAUCAUGUGAUCAGACUUUAUACUAUUUGCUUAUAUUGCAGGUAUGCUUCCUUGGAACUCAUUGGUUUCUUUUUGAAGUUGAAUUUGUAGGUUAGCUUAUCUUCUGUUCAAAACUAUUCAAUUCUUAGAACCCAUUAUAUUUUCCUGUCAAUGAUUCCACCUUGUCAUUAGGUCAGCAUAGAUUUGUUGUUAUCAUAACUUUUGUAUUUUAACUUUGUUGAUCUAGUUUCUGAUUUAUUUUUCUCCUUGGAAUGAACAACCGUCAGUCUUUCCUUAAUUUUAAUGAUCUUGUCUAUGAUUUAACUGGAGAGUUACCCGCCAACUUAGAUCUGUUCAAGUUUAUCAUUUUCUAUUUAAAUGACUUGAGCAAAUUUUGUACUUAACUGAAAGUAGCCAUGUCAUGGCAAUGAAUUAAAGAUAUAUAGUGUAAUUACUAUGCUGCUAAGACAUUCUAUAUGUAUAAUAAUUUUGUACUGCAUACAUAACUGAAGGGCUGACUCAAAACAUUCCUUUUAAGGUUGUUUCAAUGAAUAAUUUCGGGUCGUGAGAUGAGUGAAUUGUGAGGAAGAUUUUAGAAAAAAAAAUUUUAGUGCUUAAGAAUUAUCUUAGGAAUUCAUUGGCUAAUUCAUUGUCACUUGCUCUUUAUUUACCAUGUAGUCGUUUGAGCUGAAAUAAUGGUUAUUGCUCCCUAUUUCCUAUCGCCAUGUGUAUGAAGAAAAUUAGUCACUGAUAAUUCUCUGCACAAGAAGUUAUCCAAGAUUUAAGUCGUAUAUCUUACCAUUAUUAUGUUCUAAGUCGCAAAAUGCAUAGCAUAACACAAAGCAGUGUUACAUUACUGCCCGGACUCUUAUUUAUGUAGAGCACCAGGACUUACUUCUCACUGAAAUUCUUCACAUUAGUUAUGCGGUGAAUAUCGGCUUGUGUAAGAGUUCCUCGUAACGCUGUAAAUAUUAUAAACACGUAGUACUUCUUCCAGACGUGUGAUAAUGUCGCUUCGGACGUACACAACUCCCGAGAAGUGUGUUGGAUGAGGAUGUUCGUUUCGUCCUCUAUGUAAAUCAUAACGCUUGUAUUCCUGAAUUGUGUUUGUUGGCAGUUAUUAUUUGUGCAAUAUUGUGCGGCUAAAUCAGUAGAGUAAGUUAUUUUCUCAAUUUUUGCUGUUAUUUAGGCUUGACCUUUAUACCCCCUGUGUCAUAUACGUUUCAAUUUUUGUCCGUCUUCGUAAAAGCUGAAAGCAUUUAUUUGUAUUAGUACAUCUCUACCGCUGGCACCGAAGUUUCGUCUUUCUUCCAAGUUAAAUUUUGAACAUUACAACUCACAGGUCUGCUAUGGUGGAGGAUACUUGAUCAACUUGAUUGAGAUUAGGAUCUAUUUUCGUAAUAGUGUAUCAGGGUUAUGUUGUUUCAGUCCACAUUAUGAGCUCAGAUGUCAUUGAAAAGUUGUUUUGGUGAAUUAGUUCAAUAAUAUUGCUUAGGACUGCAGUGAUGUCAGGUUUUUGUACUACGUAAAGCUGCUACCAAGUAUAACGAUAUAUCGCUCGCCUGUAUUAUUUGUUGCAUUCAUGAUAAAGAAAUGUAAUUAAAAGUAUUUCUUAAGUUUAAGUGAUAACCUUGCCAUCGUGAUAAGCUUUCCCCAGAUUGUUAUUGUAGGUUUUUAAUCUUGGCACCUACUAUUCGGGUUUGGUGAUGGUUUUUCCCCCUUAUAAAUUAAUGCAGAUAUUCUCAUUUAUGUUAGUUUUGUUGUAUUGAUAGGCGUUUGUGCUUGUUAUUUUUGUGUCUUGAACUGAUUUGUGUAAAAAUUGUAGAUUUUCAGAUGUUUUUUUCUGCAGGUUUUCAAUUUCUGUACAAUAAAUGAAACCUUGAA